CAUAAAUUAUAAAUGAAAAAAAAAAAACCCAUUUAAUACUUUAAAGAAAAACCCAAUUAUUUUAGUUCUCUUUCAUUUUGUAGAAACUGAAAGAUUACAUAUUUAGAGGGAAGAAAUAACAGAUUUUUUGAGCAGUCAUCACCUGAUAGAAGCGUAGAAAAAGGAGUGAUUGUUGAAGCGCAGAGAAAGAGAAGCCGUGUUCUCUCUCUCUCUCUCUCUCUCUCUACUUCCUCUGCUUUUGAGUUGUGUGUGUUUAUGGAACAUCUCCGACAAGCUUAUGCUUCUCUUUCAUGCACUAUUUAGCUUUUCCUUCAUCAGCUAAAUCAUGGUUUUUCGCAGCUUGCGUUUCUUCUUUCUCAAUUUUCUGGGGACCAAUAUUUGCUGAGAAAACAGUAAGAGAUUAAACUCUCUGUUCUGUGUCUCUGUUUCUGCCUAAGAUUUGUGUAUCUAGAAAAUGGAGAAGGAGAAGGAGAAGGAGAAGGGAGAUGUGUACUCUCCUAAUGGAGUUCUUGAGGACUACUUAAUAAGCUUAGAAUCUGAAAGAGUCUCGGAGAAAGAGAGCACUUCAGAAUUUGAAGCUCAUGAAAACUCAAAGCCCACUUCUAAAUGGCGCAGUUUUGUCCAAUUAUUGAGAAGUAGGUCAAAAAGAGGCUUACCCACUUUGCAUCCUCUCAAGCUCUCAAGAAGAUUUAGCAGUAUGAGAGAGGACAUCAGCCUGGUUGUAGAUACUGAUUUAAACUAUUUCAAACCUCGGUGGAAGAACUUCGCGCUUUCUGAACUCCAAACUGCAACCAAUGGUUUCUGCCACGAAAAUCUGAUUGGAAAGGGAGGUUAUGCUGAAGUUUACAAGGGUUUAUUACGAGACGGGCAGCUUGUUGCAAUCAAACGGCUGACACGGGGACCAUCUGAAGAGAGAACAGGGGACUUCUUAUCGGAGCUCGGGAUUAUGGCCCAUCUCAACCAUCCCAAUACCGCUAAAUUGAUUGGCUAUGGGGUUGAUGGAGGAUUGCACCUUGUUCUUCGGUUGUCUCCACAUGGAAGCUUAGCUUCACUUCUUCACGGUUCAAAAGAGAAACUGGAAUGGAGUAUUAGGUAUAAGGUUGCACUUGGAACAGCCGAAGGUCUGCUUUAUCUACACCAGGGUUGUCAAAGGAGAAUCAUCCACAGAGAUAUAAAGGCUGCAAACAUAUUGCUCACAGAGGACUUUGAGCCUCAGAUUUGUGAUUUCGGGAUUUCAAAAUGGCUGCCAGAGCAAUGGACUCACCACUCUGUCUCAAAAUUUGAAGGCACAUUCGGCUAUCUUGCUCCGGAGUACUUAAUGCACGGUAUAGUAGAUGAAAAAACUGAUGUUUUUGCCUUCGGCGUGCUGCUCUUGGAACUCAUCAGUGGUCGUCGAGCUCUGGAUUACUCGAAGCAAAGCCUUGUCAUGUGGGCAAAACCGUUGCUCAAGAAGAACAAUGUCAGAGAGCUUGUUGAUCUUUCUCUUGCUGAGAACUACAACACAAUACAGAUGAACCUUGUGGUCUUCACUGCUUCUUUAUGCAUACAACAGUCUUCAAUUCUACGGCCUCAAAUGAUUCAGGUGGUUCAAAUUCUAAAAGGCGAACAGGGAAGUUUCGAGUUGGUGAGGAGAUGUCGAAAGCCAUCCUCUUGGAAGAGGUACUACGAAGAGAUUUUUAACACAGAAGAGUAUAAAACAACCAGACACUCAAAUGGUUGGAAUCCACAGAAACAGAUGGCUUUCGAAGUCUGAACUGCUGGUUUGAUAUAAAGCAUCAAGCAGCACAGAAAGCAUACGGUUGAAAUGUUUGAAAUCAAAUUUCCUGGUAAAUUAUAAGAUGGAGACUACCUACCUCCGUAUGUUCUCAUGCAAAGGACGGUGUGAACUCCAUACCUUGAGAGAGUGGAUUACGAAAAUCAAAAGGAAGAAGAAACAGAAGAAGGGAAAUGAAAAAAAGUUGGAAAGAACGUUGUACAUGCAUGUUGCGUUUGAAAGUAUGGAAUGUUUUGGAUUUGGAAUUAGAGAAUAAUUAUUAUAAUUUUGAAUUAAUAUUCGGUGCUCCCAAACAUAGUUUUCAACCAUACUUCAGUCUCUUAAGAAAAAAAGGGGAAGGCAAACCCAACAAGAAGCAGAGUUGGGAUUGUUUAUGUUUGGGCACGCGAAUCUUGAGGGCAUUCAAUCUGUUACAGAUUGACGUUAACAAGUUUUGGUCUUUUGGUCUUUCUCCGAUCUGAUAGACAAAGUGCUCUGUUUUUAAAUUUCACU